GUGGUUUUUGGUGAUGUGUUCUCGUCUGCGUUACUACUAUAUUACACUAAUAGUUAUUAGUGUUAUUACCCUCAUUACAGUGAAACGUCAAACGAAUGACGACGUCGGCGAUCGUUCGAUACGAAUAUCGUACUGCGAUGCCAUUCUGAACCGCCGGUGACUGCGACUUAUUACUUACCGAUCGCAUCUAUAGACGUCCGUCGCGCGUAUACGCACAUACAUGACAUUGGCGGUACUCUGCCGUCGCUUUCAACCGUCACCUCCGGACACUGGCCAAGACGAUUCAGAGCUGUUAUGAUAGUGCUGUUUGUGCGCAGGUAGACCAGGAAAGUUUUUUGCUCUCUUUCUUUUCCGAGUCGUUCCGCCAUAAUGUUUCGCAGCAAGUUCCGUCUGCAUACUUGCAAGAUAAUCAUUGCCACGUCGCUGCUGUGGAUCUUCAUUGACAUUAUGGUGCUCAUGUACUACACCGAUUGCAUUGGUCCAAACUGCAAGACGAAGAGCAACUCUGUCGGAAAUUCCGACGGCAGUGUUGAUGAUCUGUUUGACGCCACCCCAGCACCACGAAUGGGAUGGGGACCUGUGCAGGACAACAUGCUUAAUCGUUUCAAGCACAGUGGCGAUCAUAGCGAUGACACCACAUAUCCUAGUCACCUGUUGAAGCGUUGGAAGCCAAUGCCUCCAGUACGUGAAAAGCGCGGUAAACACGGCGAAGGAGGACGAGGCGUCACUAUGAAACCUGAGCAAGAAGCCAUCAUGAAACAAAAAUUCAAAGAGAAUCAAUUUAACAUAAUAGCUAGCGAUAUGAUCUCACUAAAUCGAUCUUUACAAGACAUAAGACAAGGAGAAUGCAAAACUAAACAAUAUCCCACGUUAAUGCCCACUACUUCAAUAGUAAUUGUGUUUCAUAAUGAAGCAUGGUCCACUCUUUUGAGGACUGUAUGGAGUGUCAUCAACCGAUCACCUCGAUCCCUCUUAAAAGAAAUUUUGUUGGUAGAUGAUGCUAGUGAAAGAGAUUUUCUGGGGAAAAAAUUGGAAGACUAUGUUGCCACUCUUCCCGUAGAAACUAAAGUACUAAGAACAGAAAAACGUUCUGGUCUGAUAAGAGCUCGAUUACUGGGGGCCAAACAUGUUACAGGCCAAGUGAUAACAUUUUUGGAUGCGCAUUGUGAAUGUGCUGAUGGUUGGCUUGAACCACUUCUAGCUAGAAUUGUACUAAACAGAAAAACUGUUGUGUGUCCAGUAAUUGAUGUUAUAUCAGACGAUACAUUUGAAUAUGUUACCGCAUCUGAUAUGACCUGGGGUGGAUUCAAUUGGAAACUAAAUUUUAGAUGGUACCGAGUUCCUCAAAGAGAAAUGACACGACGUAAUCAAGAUCGUACAGCACCAUUAAGAACUCCUACAAUGGCUGGUGGAUUAUUUUCUAUUGAUAAAGAUUAUUUUUAUGAAUUAGGCUCAUACGAUGAAGGAAUGGAUAUAUGGGGUGGUGAGAAUCUUGAAAUGUCAUUCAGAGUGUGGCAAUGUGGCGGCACACUGGAAAUAAUACCAUGUUCACACGUAGGUCACGUAUUUCGUGACAAGUCGCCAUACUCAUUUCCGGGAGGCGUAUCGAAAAUCGUGUUACACAAUGCAGCACGUGUAGCUGAGGUUUGGAUGGACGAAUGGAGAAAUUUCUAUUAUGCAAUGAAUCCAGGUGCAUCUAAUGUUGAAGUUGGAGAUGUUUCUGAACGUUUGGCUUUAAGAGAAAAGUUAAAGUGCAAGUCUUUCCGUUGGUACUUGGAAAACAUUUAUCCUGAAUCACAAAUGCCACUUGAUUACUAUUAUCUAGGAGAGAUAAAAAAUGUUGACUCCCAACAAUGUCUUGAUACAAUGUCACGAAAAAGCGGUGAAAAAGUUGGCAUGAGUUAUUGUCAUGGUCUUGGUGGCAAUCAAGUUUUUGCAUAUACUAAACGGUCACAAAUUAUGUCUGAUGAUAAUUGUUUAGAUGCUUCCAACAUUGUCGGACCAGUUAGUCUAAUCAGAUGCCAUGGUCUUGAGGGCAACCAAGCCUGGGUUUAUGAUUCAAAGGAAAUGACAAUAAAACAUAAAACUACAGAUCAAUGUUUGGAGCAUUCAAUGUCUGCUGAUCAGUAUGCUGCCAUAUUAAAUGAAUGUGAUGGUUCACGUAGCCAACAAUGGACAAUGAAGAGUAAUUUUCACUGGCAAGCUAGCUCAAGAUAACGUAAUCUAAUUUUUUAUUCUUUAUUUUAAUAAUGUGUUAUUUGUUUAUGUAUUCAUAUAUACAUUUUGGGGAUCAAAAUAUUUACUUAUAAGUUCUUAUGAACAAAAAAAUCUACUUAAAUAAAAAUAAAAAAACCUUAUUUACCACCGAACAAAUCAGAAUCAUAAGUAAUAAAAUCCAUGACAAUUUGAAAAUACUUAUAAAAGAAUCGUAAGAAUUUCUAUUUUGUGACAUUUAAUCCUUGCCCAAAACAUUACACUUUUUAUAAUAAGCACUAAUAUAAUAACACGAUGAAAGGAUUCAGUGAAAACACUUGUGAUAUUUACAUAUUAUAAUAUAAGUUAUACUUAAUAUUAUAUUUUGUAUGAUAAUAAAUUUAUAAAAUAAUUUUCCUUCCUUAUAAAAAUAAUAAUAUAACCUAUGAUUUAAAAUUGAAAUACAUAAUAUAUUAUGUAUCUGUUACAUAUAUCUGCUUUUCUUUUUUUAUACAAACAAAUUCAAUAUAGUCAUUAAACGCUCAAAAUUAUAUCCCAUAUGGAGUUGUGAAUGUAAUAUAUUAAGUUUGGUACACUUAUAUGAUGCUAUUAAUAUUGUAUGGUUAAUUAUGAAUAUUAACAUAUGAUAAGAUGGAUACUAACAGUAUAUAAAAAAAAAAAUUGUCAUUAGUCUAUACUAUUUAUAGUCAAUAAAACAAUUUUCAUUUGUUGUA